AUGCCUGUUUAUCUAGUUACCGGUGCCGGACGAGGCCUUGGUUACGCAUUAAUGAAAGCGCUGGCCGGUGACUCGCAGAAUACCGUGCUCGGCCUUGCCAGGAACAAAGCUGCUGUUGAUAAUCGCAUCAAGUCGGAUGGAAUCAACGCCCUGAUUCUUGAAGCCGAUAUAACUGAUCAACAAGCUCUAUCUCGCGCCGCGGAGACCGCCGCCCAAUUCCUUGGAGGCAAGGGUAUAGAUGUGCUCAUAAAUAACGCCGCGUAUGUGAGCGAGACAACGGCGCUUAAAUCACUUGAGGAUUUUGAGGGUGAUGUUCAAGUUGCUAUUGACGACAUGCAUAAGAGCAUCGAUGUCAAUGUUUUCGGUACUUUCCGAACAAUCACCGCAUUCCUCCCACUCGUAAGGCGAGGCGCGCUCAAGAAGGUCAUCUCGAUAUCUAGUGGAAUGGGAGACAUCGAUUUCAUCAACGAGAUCCAACUGCCCAUUGCGGCGCCGUACGCCGUCAGCAAGGCAGCACUCACAACCCUGACAGCCAAGUUCGCCGCCGCAUAUUCGGAUCAGGGGAUUCUCUUUGCAUCGAUCUGCCCAGGGCGAGUCGAUACAGCGGAGCCUGGUGCUACCCGUGACGAUGACCUUGCUCAGCUCGCCAAGUAUGGGCCCAAGUUUGAGCUCUACUCGCCUGGCUUUAAGCCAUCGUCGCCCGAGGCUGCUGCGAAGAGUGUCCUGGCUGCGAUUGAGCGGUCGUCUCUACCUGGGGGGUAUAGUGGUUUGUUUCUGAGCCACAAUGGGACUAAGCGGUGGAUGUAA